AUGAAACUCCUACUCUCGUCUCUCAGCCGUCCACUUAUUUUCGCGAGAUGUUAUCUCAAUUUCAGUAUUGGCCUAGAAAGCUAUGAAGAACUCGAUGUUCGCGAUCGCAUUCUACCCUUCUGUAUUCUCCAGGCGGCUUUUUGCAAAAUUAAAUGGAAAAUUAUAAACCAGCCCAGCCAGCUUAGAGCGUUCGGCGGAGGCUUUGGGCCAGUGUUCCGGCUAGAAUAUUCCGUUUGCUCUUCAGUUGCCGCCUCAAUUUCUGAUGCAAUAACUGUCAGUAGCUGGCCCUUGGCUGUCUAG